GCCACAUGAUUCUCUCUCUCCAGUAACAGUGCUUGCAAAAAAAAGGAGUUUUAAAGCUUUUGCUUUUUUGGAUUGUGUGAAUGCUUCAUUCGCCUCACAAACAACCACAGAACCACAAGUGCGGUGCAAACUUUCUCCAGGAGGACAGCAGAGAAGGCUCUGGGUUUUAAAUGGUUAAUCUCCGCAGGUCACUACCAGCCACUGAGACCAACAGAGUCAUUUGAGGAUCCAAGAAGUAUUUACACCAGGAGGUGAAAGCUCUGCGUGAAACGAGAGGGACUAUGGCAUCAAACAGCCUGUUCAGUUCGGUGACACCAUGUCAGCAAAACUUCUUUUGGGAUCCCAGCACCAGCCGGAGGUUCAGCCCCCCCUCCAGCAGCCUGCAGCCCGGCAAGAUGAGCGAAGUCAGCCCGGUCGUAGUAGCCCAACAGCAGCAGCAGCAGCAACAGCAGCAGCAGCAGCAGCAGCAGCAAGAAGCGGCGGCCGCCGUGCCCAGGCUGCGCCCCCACGAUAACCGCACCAUGGUGGAGAUCAUCGCUGACCACCCCGCCGAGCUGGUCCGCACCGACAGCCCCAACUUCCUGUGCUCCGUGCUGCCCUCGCACUGGCGCUGCAACAAGACCCUCCCGGUGGCAUUCAAGGUGGUGGCCUUGGGAGAAGUGCCUGAUGGGACCGUGGUCACUGUCAUGGCUGGAAACGAUGAGAACUACUCUGCAGAGCUGCGAAACGCUUCUGCCGUGAUGAAGAACCAGGUGGCCAGAUUCAAUGACUUACGAUUUGUGGGAAGAAGCGGAAGAGGGAAGAGCUUUACUUUGACAAUAACUGUCCUGACAAAUCCCCCCCAAGUCGCUACAUACCACAGAGCUAUAAAGGUUACAGUGGAUGGGCCAAGGGAGCCAAGAAGGCACAGACAGAAGCUUGAUGACUCUAAACCUAGUUUGUUCUCUGAACGCCUCAGUGAUUUAGGGCGCAUUCCUCAUCCCAGUAUGAGAGUAGGGGUCCCGACCCAGAGCCCACGGCCCUCUCUGAACUCUGCACCAAGUCCUUUUAAUCCACAAGGACAGAGUCAGAUUACAGACCCCAGGCAGGCACAGUCAUCCCCGCCGUGGUCCUACGACCAGUCUUACCCAUCCUACUUGAGCCAGAUGACUUCACCGUCCAUUCACUCCACAACUCCCCUGUCCUCCACUCGAGGCACAGGACUUCCAGCCAUCACCGAUGUGCCCAGACGCCUCUCAGGUGCUUCAGAGCUGGGCCCAUUUUCAGAUCCCAGGCAGUUCACAAGCAUUUCAUCCCUCACUGAGAGCCGCUUCUCCAACCCACGAAUGCACUAUCCAGCCACCUUUACCUAUACACCGCCAGUCACCUCAGGCAUGUCACUGGGUAUGUCCGCAACCACUCACUACCACACCUACCUACCACCACCCUACCCCGGCUCUUCCCAAAACCAAAGUGGACCUUUCCAGACCAGCAGCACUCCAUAUCUCUACUAUGGCACUUCGUCAGGAUCAUACCAGUUCCCCAUGGUGCCGGGAGGGGACCGCUCCCCCUCCAGGAUGCUUCCGCCGUGCACCACCACGGCCAACGGCAGCACGCUGCUAAACCCUAACUUGCCCAACCAGAGUGACGGUGUGGAGGCGGAUGGCAGCCACAGCAGCUCCCCAACCGUUUUGAAUUCUAGUGGCAGAAUGGAUGAGUCCGUUUGGAGGCCGUACUGAGAUUUCUUCUGCCCGGCCCGACCUCCGCGAGCCAAAAAACAAACGGUCGACUAACUACGAAGUGCCUGGUUUUUGUUUUUGUUUUUGUUUUUGUUUUUGUUUUUUCCUAAAAAAAAAUAGAUUUUACCAAUAUGUGCAACUGUGUAGAUGGGAUGAUAAUGGCCAUAAAUAACGUGAGAGUUACCAACACACCACCACCCAUGUUUCAGAUUAUGUGGCUCAAAGCACAUAUUAUCUUUUUCUUGGAACCAUUUUACCUUGUUUCAUAUUUAAAAUGUACUUUUUACACACAAAAAAAUCCCCCCCACCUUUUUUUUUUUUUUUUUUUUUUGUCUCAAGUGUUUUAAUAGCGAGUUCUUUUGCCAAUGAGGAGAGAACGGACUCCCCAGCUAUCAGGAGAAACAUGGUGAUGCAAGGCAAAGGCUGCAUUCCCUUUUAUUUUUUAACAACUAACCAUGAACUCCAGAUACAGUUGCAAUCAUACAACGUACGGGACCCUGCUCACACACGUAGUGCAAUUCAACCGGCUUGUAUUGGUGCACAUAAAAAGGAAAGCAAAGAUCAAGUUGCUUCCAUUUUGCCAUGAUACAUUCAGAUGAAAGUAGCUGUCCCAAAACUCUGUCCAAGCCUUGCUGCAGAUAACAGUUGGAACUUCUCUGUGUUCAUUGCUUUUUUGGUCUGUUUUGUUUUUUUGGGGGGUACUUAACGAGAACAAGUUUUCAAGUUAGGCUAGACAACCCUGGGGUUUCCUUUUUGCUUUUGUGUCCAUUCGUUUUGCCUUUGAUUAGCCAAAAACCAAAAAUAAAAUCCAAAACCUUUAAAAACAAAAAGAAAAUGUUAUUACUUAUGCAAAAUAUGAAAAAAUGGCAAUAUAUAUUACUAGAGCCAAAAUGGUAUACAUAGUAUUUGUGUUUGGCUAUGUUCUUUUUUAUAUUUUUUUUAAAUUAUAAGUGUGUAAAAUUUGAGGUUGUUUGCUAACAUGAAUCAUCAUAUAACUUUAAAAGAAUAUUUAUAAUUAUUUAAUGACAUUUGGACCCUUUAAACGUUUCUUAAUGUAAUGAUGUAUCGACUUCGGUCUCUAAAAGUGUUUUUUUUUUCUUCAUCACAUUUCUGCAAUGGUGUAAACCUCAAAACUUGACCCAACUCUGAAAAGCAGUUCCAGUGUGAACCAGUUUACAAUGUGACUUAAAAAUGAAAAACCCAACCCAAACACAUCCACAUCAAAUGACUUUGGAUGUAGGAUCUUUUUAUGUAACUUAUGAAGGAAAUAUUGUGUUUAAAAUAUUUUAUUAGCUGUCUGGUUGCCUUCAACACAGUCUUGCCUUUUAAUCAGUACUUGUGGAGACACUGGAAAAAUGGUAGGAAGGAUGAAAUGUUUUCUACCCUUCCCCUGAUUUCUUUCUCUCCCAGAAUUUUUCUCAGAACUUCAAAAUUUAAAAGUAUUCAUAUUUAAAAUGUUCUGACAACACGAUUUGAACUCCAUCAGAUUUUUUUCCCCAAAGAAAAAUCAAAAUCAUUUCAAAAGCUGUACUUUAGAACUAAUCAUUUGUUAAGUUUCUCAGAAAUGGGAGUAAGGGAGAACUAGUAUAACUUUUUUUCUCCCCCUGAAAUUUCAACCCAUUCUAUGGAAUAAAAAGGUUCAAAGUUGAAACAGAAACUUCCCAGCCUGUUAGGGAAUCACCCAUCAUUAGCAUUAAAUGCUAGACUCCUAAAGCUGUUGUGUUUACUUUGCCAUAUUAGAGAAACAAGCACAAGCUCAGCAAUACUCGCCUCCUCAAACCCAACGCUGAAGAUAAAAGUCACCUUAAAGCCACCCCGGGGCUCCCAGGCAUGGUGCACCCACACAGGGAGAGCAAAUUGCACCCGAACCCCUCAGGCAACCUGUCUGCUGCCCAAGUGCCCAUUGGAGGGGCCCACAUUUUGCCCACCCUUGGUGGAACAUUAAGCAAGUGCGGAUGGGGUUGCCCAAGCGUGGUCUUAACCCUUCAAAAGGGCUGCGACCGGCUGGCCCCCAGCACCCCCUCCUUCCCCUGCCUUCACAUAGCCAUAACCAACAGUCAGGUUGAUGGUUGGGCUUGAUGAUCUUGAAGGUCUUCUCCAACCAAAAUGAUUCUGAUUCUAAGCAUCCUCCUCAGGGGCUGCCAGUCACGACGAUGCUCCUCGGCUGUACUUGGGUUACCUCCAAAGUAUCGCAAUAAAUCCACGGUGGGCAUGGCCGUACAGAGCCACGAGCUCGUUGGACACCACAGCCACCAUCACCGUUAGUUGAUAGCAAAGCUGUUAAACUAAAACGAGUCAUCCUUAGCAUGGUACAUUCCUCCAAUUUGUGUGACUAUGUGCUCUUAAAAAAAGUCUUUGCCUUCUAAAGGUUGUAUACCAAGUAUGCUUAAAGUAUAAGUAAGACACUUUUUUUUUUUUUUGCUAAUAGUUUUCCUUCAAAGAUGGAAGCUGUAAUUGAUUCUAUUUAUUGUUGGUUUGUGGUAGCUUGAAGCAUACCACUGUCCAUUUAUUUGUAACUGUAAAAUACGUUUGUUAGUCUCAGCAGCACUUAAAAAGCCAGUGUCUGGUUACACAUUUCAGUUUUGUUUUUUGUUUAGUAAGCAAGAGAAAAAGAUGUACUGCCAGUGCAAGCUGUUUCCUAUUUAAUAAAAGGUACUAUAUUUGUACAUUAUUUGUUAUUGCUGAGAAGGGCUUUUUAAGGUUUACUGUAUGCAUAUUAAGUAAUUUUUAGGGUGCUUUUGUGUUGAAAUGUUGUUAGAGUGGCUGCAGGCAGCAACCCAGAUUUUUUUUUUUUUUUUAAGACUUUGUUGUAAAAUUCAAGCACUUGGUUUUUGUUUCUGGAUAAAUCCAGCACAGACCAGACUUUUGUUUUGCUCAGUACCGACAGAACUCUGCUUGUGUCCCCACGGUUUUUGACCUGGGCUGUUGGGGACAAAACGUUCAAAACGUCUUCUCCACCUGGUUGAGGAGCACAUGCCUGAUCCCUGCUCUGGGCUUCCAUCACACUGUGCAGGCAGACAUCUGACUCUGCCUGCUUGAGCAGACAGAUAGAAAGGAAAGGAUUUUCUAAGCACUUAUGGAUGGAGGAGCACCAGCCUGUUGACUUUCAGGAGAUCCUCUGCUCCUGAAACCUCGUGGUGCCUUUGGAAAACCUCUCCCUGUCCAUCAGACUGGCGACUGAGGGAGUUGUGCAGGCUGACACAGAAAUGCACAUCAAAGCUUUUUGAAAACGCUUCCAAGUCCACUUGGAAAUGCUUUUGAUUCAGGAUUUCAAACCAAAUAAUAAUAAUAAUAAUAAUAAUAAUAAUAAUAGUAAUAAAAACAACAACCAAAAACACGCAUUAUGUAGUUAACCUUGUGAGAUUAUUUGACAUUUUGCGAGGUGCUUAGCAUUGACAGAAAGGAGCUUUCUCUGAAAGGUACGACAGCCCUUCCCUUCUGAGUGGCAAUCUUUGGCACUGGUCGUAGAUGUAAAGAUGAAAAAUUGCCUUUGUUACUCUCCAGCUCUCUUAUCCUACCAAAGACUUAACUUCCAGCAGAACAGGCACGAUGUCCCUUUUUGCUGAACAGGGGAUUAAAUCCUCCUCCCCAUCCUCCCGAGGCUAACCUCAUUGGUGUCAGUGGGUCGGGACCAAGGAUAAAACAAUUUAUUCUACCGACAGCGUCCUUAGCGUGGCAUUUGUCGUUUCUCCUCAAAGACCAGCUGCUGUGUCUUUCGUAGCGUUGACCUUCUUGCCAGCAGCCCCCUGAGCAAGGGUUUACCAGUUUUGACAGGUGCCAUCUCGAGUGGGGGAACUUUUGCACUUUCACACUUAGCAAAGCAAAGCUCUGCCACGGCCGGGGGAGCCUGCCGUUGAACGCAGACAACAAGCCAUGAACAAAAGCAAUAAUUAAAACCUGGACCAGCCAUGAGUACAAGAUCAAAGAAGCCCAAUUCUCUGAACCCCUGAAUUUCUUCUUGUUUUUAAAUAUAAUGCAUUUCAUUUUAACAUUUUCUGAGAACUUUUUAGAUGUUUGUUUACUUCCAUGUUUACAGAUAACUCUGCCUUUUUUUUUUUUUUUUUUAAAUGCAGUACUUUUAAGUAUAUCAGCCAAAACCAUACUUUUACAGUAACUUUUGUUUUAGGUAAUGAGUGACAUUCCAUUUUUUUUGUUGUUAAAUAUGCUUUACCAGUCUUGAAUUUCUGCUGGAACAAAAUAUUUGUAGCAUUUUGUGUAAAUACAAGCUUUAAUUUUUUUAUUUUUUCAAAUGCUGUCACCGGAGAUUUGCUUUUCAUGCACAUAUUGUACAAACACAUUCUGCUUUAUGCCACAGACGAUGAUUGUGGAUCAGUUUACUUCAACUUCAAAGGGACUAUUUGUAUUGUAUGUUGCAACUGUAAAUUGAAUUGUUUGGCAUUUUCUCAUGAUUGUAAUAUUAAUUUGAAGUUUGAAUUUCAUUUUCAAUAAAAUGGCUUUUUUUG